AUGAAAAGAAAAGAAUGCUUAUUUGAGAGAUAGCAACAUAAACUCAUAAAUAACUGGAUAAAUUGUGGUCGAAUAGUUAGCUUAUAAGAGGGAGAUGAAUCAUGUUUAUUUUUUGUGAAUUCAAUAAUGAAAAAAGGAGAUGUUUUAAUUGAUGAUUCAAAUUUUCCUUAUAUGGAGUUAAAAACACUUUACUCAAAAGCUGUUUUCCACAAGGAGAACUAUUAGAUUUACACAAAAGAGAUUUUCAUCAAUCAAAUAUUAUUGAUGAUUAAGCAGAUUAUUAUCAGAUAGGAGAAGAUGUUUAGUAAAGUUAGGAUAUUCAUUCAUAUGCUAUUAUAAAAUUGAAUUAAUAAGCUGAUAAAACAGUAAAGUAAGUUCUUGAUUUGAAAACAAGUAUAACAAUUUUGUAUAUGCGUUAUAGUGUAGUUUUAAUUGGAGAAGGAAAGUUAUGCAAAAUAGGCAGAUGAAUUUAGAUGAAGCUAAAUAGAUAUUAAAGAAUGCUGAAAUAGAAUAGAAGAAGAAAAAUGGUAAGACCACACAUUUGGUAGAAAAUAAAAAUUAUUAAUAUUUAUACAAUGAAAUAAUAACAAAUUUAAAUGAGGGAAGCAAAAAGGAAUCAAAGAAAAUAGAGUAAAAAAUAAAAUAAGAAUGAUU